AUGUCUAACUAUGAAACUGGAUUCAUGAAAAAAUUAAAAAAAAAUUAUAUUCGUCGUAAUUCACAGGAUUUAAAUAAUAUCGUAACAAAUCAAACAAGUGAAAAUUUGAUCACUCCAGUUUAUCAACCAAUAGAAGAAGUAUCAACUAAACUUGAUAUUGAAGAACAGCCACAGUCAAUUGAAACGUUAAUGACACCAGUUGCUCAACCAAAACAAGACACAUCAAACAAACUCGAUGUUGAACAACAAUCAAAAAAUAAAAUAAUGCUUCAAUCAAAUUGA